AUGUCCAACCAUGACGUAUCCAGGGUCUCUGGGCCUGUCAAGGUCGACGAGGAGAAGCAGCACAGCUCUGGUGCAUCCCGGGGCUCAAUGGAUGCCACCGAGAACAUUGUCACCAAUGACCUCCACCGGACACUCACUCCCAGACAAGUUCAUAUUAUCUCACUUGGAUCCAGCGUUGGAAGUGGACUCUUCAUCGCCACAGGCAAGGCCCUUGCCAACAGAGGGCCGGGCACCAUGUUCAUUGCCUACUUGAUUGUAUGCAGUGGUGUAUGGGCAAACCUGCAGACACUGGGUGAGAUGACUAUCGCUUUCCCCGUUUCUGGAAACUAUAUCGACUAUGCUGGGAGGUGGGUUGACCCUGCUCUCGCCUUUGGUGCUGGAUUCGCAGAAUGGCUUGGCUGGACUGCCGUGUUUGCUGCCGAAGCACAGUUCUUUGUGGUCCUUGUUGAUUACUGGGCACAGGGUACAGUGCCUCACGCCGCAUUGAUCUCUAUCUUUUUGGUCGUCUGCCUAAUCGUUUUCCUUCUACCCAACAACGCAUUUGCUUGGCUUCAAUGUUUUGGAUCUAUGGUCAAGAUCGUUCUAUUCGUCUUUCUAGUCAUCUUCUCCAUCGUUCUUUUUGCAGGUGCUGGCCCAACUCCGACGCAUGAGUGGGGGUCUUCUUGGAAAGAUGGCAUGGCCUUUCAGAACGGCUUUGGUGGCUUCGCAAGCUGUGCCUUGCUUGCCAUCUGGGCCGUAGGCGAUCAAGUAUUCAUUGGUGUUAUGGUCGGAGAGUCAGAGUCCCCCCGAUACUCCAUGGGACAUGCAUCCACCCUGGUUCCCCUUCGAGUUGGCGUUAUGUACAUGACAUGCGUCAUACUCAUCGGUAUCCUCCUCUCUUCUGACAACCCAGACCUUUUAGGCGCCUCAGGCUCUGCUGCCUCCCCUUUCGUUAUCGCCGCCAAAGGUAUCAAAGGAGUCCCUGACCUCAUCAACGUCUGUGUCAUCAUUGGCCUUACUGCAAUCGCUCUUGAGUCGAUCUAUCUGCCCUCCCGUAUCCUCCGAACCAUGGCCUGCCAAGGAUUGAUCCCUCAGGUAUUUGGAAAAUGUGACGAGCGCGGUCGACCUCGUUGGGCGCUUGCUUUCACAUCUGUUAUUGCCGUGAUCCUUAGUUACCUCAGUCUCAGUGCCGGCGGGACCGAAGCUCUCAACUGGUUCAUCUCAAUUACCAGCGCAUCAUUCUUCUCAAACUGGGCCAUCAUCGCAUUUACAAGCUUCUUCUUCCACCGGGCAUUGAAGGCGCAGGGCGACGACAUUUUCAGCCAAAAGUACGCCUGGAAGUCAUCUGCGUGGCCUUCAUCUCCUACUCACUUGAUGCUUGUCUGCUUGCUUCUACUGAUUAGUCUAUUCUAUUCUGCCAUUAAGCCACUCAACGGAACUGGAUUCACUGCCUAUAACUUCUUCCAGAACAUGAUCGGGCUACUGAUGAUUAUAAUCUUCACGGUGGCAUACAAGUUGAUCAUGCGCACCAAAUGGCAGUCAUCAAAGACAGCAGACCUCCAGACAGGCCGAAACAAACUUCGUCCUGACGAGAUCGAAUUUCUGAAUGGCUACUACAGUGCACCUUGGUGGCGACGUCUGGGCACCUAUGUUUCUCUUUACUGA